CCCUUCUCUUCCUCUUGUCCCUCAUCUCCCUCCACCACCCUUCAAUCCCACCCACCACUAUAAUAACCAUGAAUCCCAUCCCAUCAACCAUGUCCCGUCUCCCCCGAGCAAUCCUCUCCCCCGCCAUCGCUCGCCCUUCUCUCCGCGUCGCCGCCCGCUUCGCAGCAGCACCCCGGUUCCAACUCCAGCAUCAUCCUCGUCAAAACUUCCACUCUACUCCAGUCCCCCGCAAAGGCAUCUUCCCCGACUCCGCGGAUCCCCCGGCCCCGAACCCCCAAUCAAAUGUCGCCGGCGCAGCUGCCCACGUCACCGAACCGUCCCCGUUGACGGACGGCCAGUACCACGAUUACGCGGAACAUUACCUGAACGUGGUGCAGACUGAGAUUGAGAAUCUCCAGGAAGGGGGAUCGGAUAUGGAGGCCGAGUAUAGUGCCGGCGUCAUGAACAUCAUCGUCCCCGGAGUAGGCACCUACGUGCUGAACAAGCAACCCCCCAACAAGCAGAUUUGGCUCAGCUCGCCGAUUUCCGGCCCCAAACGGUACGACUGGGUUGUGGAGGGGGAUAGCAUGUACGAGAAGCAGGAGUCGCGGCCGUUCGUCAACGGACAGUGGGUGUAUCUCCGCGAUGGAUCGAACCUGACGGAUUUGUUGAACCAUGAGUUGACGUUGAACCUGCCGAAGGAUGUGUACAGUGAGAUUAAUGAGUAAUUGUCCUCCUAGCAGGAGUUACGGGGCGAUGAGUUACGGUGCAUACUUGUUAUGGGAGGAAUUUGUAGGAUAUGGAUUCUGUGCUAUUCAAUCUGGUAGAUAAUACACUUCGGCAGCAGUACUCCUGCUACUUUGCGCAGAUACAAGACAUGAC